AUGAAGUUUAUUAACACAACCAUUCAGGUUCCUCUUCACCCUGAAGUCCAAGACUCUGUCUUCCUAACCACAGCUUUCAUGAAUCUCUCCAACUCCUCAGACUUCACUAGACCGGUAAUGUCACAGGAUGACCUGGAUGUGAACACGGACAUCUACUCCAAAAUCCUGGUUACAGUGAUAUAUGUGUUCCUUUUUGUUGUGGGUUGCACUGGUAAUUCCAUCACUGCUUACACCUUAGUGAGAAAGAAGUCUUUACAAAACCUGCAGAGUACAGUGCACUACCACCUUGCCAGCCUUGCCCUUUCUGACCUUCUCAUCCUGAUUCUCAGUAUGCCAAUAGAACUCUACAACUUUAUCUGGGUUCACCACCCUUGGGCAUUUGGCAAUACAGUGUGCAAGGCCUAUUAUUUUUUGAGGGAUGCCUGCACCUAUGCCACAGCCCUAAACAUUGCCAGCCUCAGUGUGGAGCGAUAUAUGGCCAUAUGCCAUCCAUUCAAAGCCAAAAGUAUCAUGUCUAGGAGUAGGACGAAGAAACUUGUUACUUUUAUAUGGCUGGCAUCUCUGCUGUUGGCCACACCUAUGAUCUUCACCAUGGGGGAAAUCAAAGGUUCUGACAUAAUUUGUACCAAAAUUGUAGAAAUGUCUACUUUCAAAACUGUGAUCCAGGUAAAUACUUUCCUGUCCUUUGUGUUUCCAAUGGUUGUCAUCUCAGUACUGAACUCCAUCAUUGCCAACCAGCUAAUUAUUAUGGUCAAGCAUGCGCACCAAGAGAACCAAGUGUGCACCAUUGGUGGGCAGCAGACUGUACUCAGUAUGUCCAUGGAGCCCAGUCGGAUCCAGUCGCUAAAGCACGGAGUCCGAGUCUUGAGGGUGGUUGUUAUUGCAUUUGUGGUGUGCUGGCUGCCAUACCAUGUACGACGUUUGAUGUUUUGCUAUGUUCCAGAUGAGCUGUGGACAGAUGAAUUGCACGACUUCUACCAUUACUUCUACAUGAUGACCAACGUUUUGUUCUACGUCAGCUCCACCGUUAACCCUAUCCUCUACAACCUGGUAUCUGCAAAUUUCCGGCAGAUAUUUGUAUCCACACUUAGUUUUUUGUGCCCGCCAUGGAGGAGGAGGAAAAGGAGUCCACACUUCACUAGGAAAUCUAAUAGCAUCUCAAGUACAAAUCACACCUUUUCUACCCAAAUCUCAAGGGAGACUCCUUACUGA